UAUGCGGCAGCACGUGGGAAGUGAUUCUAACCAAAGAAAAGAAGGAAAAGCAGAUAGGAAACUUGGGAGCUUCAAAUUCCUUUUGCCCCCAAACCUCAUUCAUUUCAAUGUUAAUUCAUGUUUGAUGCCUCUCUGCUCAUCAUACUAUGGGAGCUCAGAAGAGCAUCCAUGCGGGCAAAGCCAAGAUUGAUGUGAAUGUGGAUUUCACCCACAAGCUCUAUGCCUCCUUGAUGCUCCCUUCUCUCAGCAACGCUGCCGCUCCUCUUUCACUCAUUAUUGGGAGUCUUUGCAUUAAACACCCCAAUUUGUUUGGUGGGAGUGAGAAGCUUGAUGUCUCAUUGAACAAAGGCCUCUCUGAUUCAAAUGUACUCAUAGCUUAUAGAAGACCUAGACCUGAAUAUCUUGCCCAACACUGUUUUAUUAUUCAGCAUUCUUUUUCACCUGAAAUUGCAGUCCAUGGUACGCCUGUUCAGAAUUUCUCUCAUUCUGGAAGUGGAGGUGUCAAUUUGUCUCAAUUCUCCAUUGGUGUGGAUCUGAGUGAGCCUGCAAGUUCUAAAUGGAGCAACACUACCAGUAUUAAAUUUGAGAAUGUGCGCCUGCUGAAUGAUGAUGGCCGUUCUAUAACUUGUGAUCUUGAUGGAUUCCCAGUGACUUGCAGCGGAAGUUCCCAUGACUCUAUGGUAGUUCUAAAGCAAGAGUCUCGGUAUGCAAAAGCAAAUGAUCACAGUUUUUCUCAUUUCAGCAUGCAAAUAGAACAAGGGAUUCCUGUUUUAUCAAAGUGGCUUAUCUUCAACCGGUUCAAAUUUGUUGCACGAAGAGGAGUAAAACUUGGGCCUGCCUUUUUCUUGGCAAGCCUGACAGGUGGUUCAAUUGUAGGAGACAUGGCUCCCUAUCAAGCAUUUGCUAUUGGUGGUGUUGGUAGUGUGAGAGGUUAUGGCGAGGGUGCUGUAGGAUCAGGGAGAUCGUGUUUAAUUGCAAAUAGUGAAUUGACAUUUCCUUUGAACAAGAUGUUGGAAGGUGCACUUUUCUUGGACUGUGGAACAGACUUGGGCUCCAGUCGGCUUGUACCUGGAAAUCCAGCCCAAAGGCAGAACAAGCCGGGAUCUGGAAUGGGACUUGGAUAUGGCCUUCGCUUGAAGACUCCUAUCGGUCACUUUCAGGUUGAUUACGCCAUCAACGCAUUCCAUCAGAAAACUUUCUAUGUUGGCAUCAGCAACCUUAUUUCAUGAGUUUUCUCUAUGUCAAGCUCUCUUAAUGGUUUAGAUAGAAGCGUAAUAGCGAUUGGUUUGAAGGUUGCUGAUAGCCUUGGAUCAAGUUGGCAAGCCUUCUUGGAUAAAGGACCAAUUUUACCUUUUAAGAUUUUUCUGAUUCAUAUUUUGUAUAGCAAUUAAUUGCACCCUUCUCUAACAUCAUGUUUAUUAUAAUUAUAGAAACAAUGAUAACUUAAUUGAUUUUCUCAACAAUGAUCUCUUAUUUAAUUUAAAUACACAAAUGCUCUUGAUUUUUC